CGCUAAGCCUCCGAAGCACGUGUAUCGCAUCUUACAGAUUUAAGUACAUCGGGAUAGUUAAGGAAAAGCUCUGUUCCAGGACCUAGAGAAUAUUUAAGACAACGCUGGACCGCUCUGUUGCUUAACAAUUUAGGGCCAACCCCUAACCACAAGGCUUCAUUCUUACUUAUCCAACUCGAGAAGGAUGUGCAAUCCGGCCGGCUGCACGUUCUGCACGCUCAUGUCGGGCUUUGGCGCUUUCUUCAUGUUUUUCUUAGGCAUCUGCAUCAAAAACAACUACGAGUUCGUUGGCGAGUGGUACGUGCACGAAGAGGGCCGCGGGUCGCCCACCGACGACCAGAUCACGAAGGCCGCUAGCAGCUGCUUCAUCACAGGCGGCGUGUACAUCGCCUUUACUGUCGCGCAAUCUGCGUUUGCUACCAAAACAAGAAGGCGAAACGGUCAUGAUGCGUGCAGACGCAGACGCCUCGUGGUGUGCGGUUCUAGCUAGGUGCUGGCUGGUCUUGAUGGUAGUUGCUAGUGCCGCGGUGCCUGAAGCACAGCUGGGCUGACGCGCUGAGACACCGAAGAGCGUGCGUUGCAAGCCAGCAACGGCUAGCAUGCGCUGCUCAGACCAUCAGUCUGGGGAGGUUUCGACGGGGGAUGGUGGUGGACUUGGCGUCAGGUUAGGGUAGAGCUUUGUAGCUGUAAGGGUUUCGGAGUGAGCGUAUGGCGAGCGAUCUGAGUCAAAAGCCUGUUCACUUGGGAGUGGGCUGGGUGGAGGGUGUAGGGAUGCUGGUGCUGCUGGAGUGCUGGCAACGAGGAGAGCAGUCGAGGGGGGACACUGGGGGGCGAGCGCACUCUUUACUAGGAGUGUGGGCAUUGGGGUUCGGAAGCCUUUAGGAGAGAACUUUGGAGGUAGCUCCCACAAGUCUGUUGUGGCUGCGUCCUGUAGCAACGCAAUGCAGGUUUGUGACAACUCACGGGGUAUCGCUCCAUCACUUUUCAGUGUGGUGAAACGUGACGUGGCUCUCCAACCGUUCCCUACUCGCGUCCACCUUCCCGAAGCGUCGGGCAUUUGCGUGCCCAAAGCAUGAACCCUAAACCAA